AGCGCACACACACAUACACACACAUACACGCUCUCAGCCCCGGAACAUUUGAAGCAUGACUUGUUCUUUAAAACACUUUGAGAGUAACUGCCUCUAAAAGCGGACGGCGAGCUCCGACUCCUCCAAGUGUAUCUGCUCCAGGCAAUCAAUGAGGACCGCGAUGGUUACUACUUCUGCAGCUCUCUGUCCCUCUGUCUCUCCUUCGCCUCUCCAGAUAUUAUAGUGCAUUUCAACUUUUGUGCAGAACAUACAGGCAAAAAAAAAGAAAGAAAAAGACAAGAAAAGGAAAAAAGAGGGGGAAGUUUUUGGAUUUCUUAGUUUUUGCUUUUUUUCUUGUUUUUUUGCGCACAUUUUACCUCUUGUUUCCUGUAAAAUAAAUAUGAGAGGUCGCUUUGCUGUCACUUUUCUCUGGAAUUUAAUAGGCUGUGUGCCAUUUCUUAUGCUGUUUUACGGGUAGGAUAAGGAAACAACAAAAAGGUGUGACAAGAGCUUGGCGGACAACUGUGGAUUUCUGCGAGUAACUCCUACCGUCCAAAGGGGAUGAGGGGGGCAUCGGCCGGACCCCCCUCUUGAUUGAUUACUUAUUAGUCAUCCCUUUGGCUAAAUGGGACCCACUGAAAAGGCACCGUGGAACACAUACAUGAAUCAAAUAUUCCUGUGUCCCCUGAAUGUCUCCAGAGUAGUUUUGCUUAAGAGAGGGGGUCGUGGCUUAGCAUUAUAAAGAGGGAAAAACAGCAUAGCUUUAUGGGUUUAUUUAGACAGUUUCUACGGUUUGACAUUCUACCGCUGUAAAAAACAGAGAAGGAAAAACUCGAGAGGAUCCCAAAGAGAAGAACAUUGUGGACAUAUUUUUUUGUAGUUAUUCCGUUGCUUCUUUAUUUUUUUAUUUUUCCAAUUUUUUUUUCCCACCUUCUUGUUUUAAAUAUUUUUUUGCCAUUUCCUCUCCCGAAAAAUGAAACUUUGGACAUCACCCUGGGUGUCUUGCCUGGUGAUUCUCAUCUUGUGUUUUGGAUCAGAUUGCGGGACAGUCCGGCGAAAGGGGAGAUCCAAGAGGGAGUUGGUGCGCAUUAGGGAGGCGAAAGCCACCAUCCCAGGGGCUUGUGCCACACGUCUGCCCCGGGGCAAACGCUCUUUGCCCGGCUUGGAGCGACGGGUGCUUCGGCAGCGCCGGCGCUCCUCUCAGGCGGAGGAAAACUCUCCAGACCGGGGGAAAGCUGUCUAUUUCACCGGCAGGGGAGACCAGCUCCGGCUGAAGCCCGGCGUGGAGAUACCCAGAGGCAAUUUUACUCUGGAGAUGUGGAUCAAACCGGAGGGAGGUCAACGAUCGCCCACAGUGAUUGCAGGCCUAUACGACAAAUGCUUCUAUGCCUCCAGUGACCGAGGCUGGCUGCUUGGUAUCCAGGCGGUUAGUGAAUAUGGGAACCGUGAACCACGCUUCUUCUUCUCUCUUAAAACCGACCGUGCCCACAAAGUGACUUCCAUCCACUCCAAUACUCGUUACAUACCCAAUCAAUGGGCACAUGUGGCAAUUACAUAUGACGGCGUGUACAUGAAGCUCUUCAUCAAUGGGGCCCAGGUUGGCGUUAGUCGGGAGCAAUCAGGUGACGUCUUCAGUCACUUGACCAAAAAGUGCAAAGUCCUGAUGAUUGGGGGGAAUGCGCUGAAUCAUAAUUACAGGGGGGCAGUGGAGAGGGUGGGUCUAUGGCGGCAGGCCCAAGGGCAGAGGCAUAUUAUCAGGGAUAUGCUGGGCCAUGAGGACCCCCAAGAUCUACCUCAGCUGGUCAUUCGCGAAACCUUCGAGCACCCGGGCCGCAAGUGGUUGACUGUAAAAGAUGGUAGCUUUCCACAGCCCGAGCAAGGAGGAGCUGGACGAUUUGGGUUUCUAGGUGGUGGCAGUGGUGUUGGAAGUUCUGAGGGAUUUUUGGACACAAACCUGGAGCCUCCAACUUGUGGUCAAACUGUCUGUGACAAUGUAGAGGUCAUUAAAAACUACAACCAGCUUUGGACCUUCCGUCGACCCAAGAAAGUUCGAUAUCGUGUCAUAAAUGUUUGGGACGAUGCAAGGACAAGACCAACUGUAUCAGACCACCAGAUCAGCCUGCAGCACCAGCAGCUCAACGAUGCCUUUAGCCCCUACAACAUCACCUGGGAGCUCAGCAUUCACAAUGUGACCAAUUCAUCUCUACGUAACCGUUUGAUUCUAGCUAACUGUGAUAUCAGCAAAGUUGGUAACGAUGCAUGUGACCCAGAAUGCAACCAUCCGCUGACUGGGUACGAUGCAGGUGACUGCAUGUCUGGGCAUCGGAGCCGCUGCCCUGAACACAAGCAAGGGAAUGAUAUAUGUGACCCUGAAUGUAACUGGGAAAACUUCUUCUAUGAUCUUGGCGACUGCUGUAACCCCAAUGUGACGGAUGUUACCAAGACAUGUUUCAACCGCUCCUCUCCUCACAAAGCCUAUUUGGAUGUGAAAGAGCUCAAAGAGGUUCUGCAUUUGGAUGGCUCGACUCACCUGAAUGUCUUCUUUGCCAAUUCUUCUGAUGAAGAUCUGGCGGGGGUUGCCACUUGGCCCUGGGACAAAGAGGCCCUCACACAUUUGGGUGGAAUUGUGCUAAAUCCCUCUUUCUAUGGUACAUUUGGUCACACUGACACAAUGGUCCAUGAGAUUGGCCACAGCCUCGGCCUUUACCACGUCUUUCGAGGUAUAUCGGAGAUUGAAUCGUGUAAUGAUGCGUGCUUGGAAACUGAGCCCUCAAUGGAGACCGGAGAUCUGUGCGCGGACACCAACCCCACUCCCAAAUACAAAGGCUGCAACGAUCCCGAGCCAGGCAAUGAAACCUGUGGCUGUCGGCAUUUCACACACACGCCGUUUAACAACUACAUGAGUUAUGCAGAUGAUGCAUGCACAGACUCUUUCACACUGAACCAGGUGGCUAGGAUGCACUGCUACCUGGACCUCGUCUACCAGACCUGGCAACCUGCCUCCAAACCUCCUCCAGUGCCGAUGUCACCCCAAGUGGUCGAGCAGCACCACAACUCCAUCACCCUGGAAUGGUUUCCACCGAUUUCUGGACACUUUUAUGACAGAGAAGUGGGAUCAGUGUGUGAUAAAUGCACUGAGGGGAGAGUUCUACUGCAGUACGCCUCCAACUCUUCUUCUCCACGACCGUGUGCUCCUUCUGGACACUGGUCUCCACGAGAGGCUGAAGGCCCUCCAGAUGUGGAGCAGGCGUGCGAGCCAAGUGUGCGCACCUGGAGCCCCAACGCAAUGAUCGAGCAAGGCGUUGUCGGCCUGUCGGAGUGCCCGCUCCAGGGCUGCAUGCUUCAGCUAGAGUUCCCCUACCCGCUGGUGCCUGAUUCCCUGACCGUGUGGGUCACCUUCUUUAGUCCCGAAGAAACAGCGCUGCCAGCAAUCCAUAACAUCUUGCUGCUGACUGUCAGUGGGAACAACAUUUCACUGGGCCCCAGUAAUGUUUUCUGUGACACCCCGCUGACUCUGAAGCUGGACAUAGAGGAAGAGGUGUACGGGGUCCAGUUUUACACCAUGGAGCAACACCUGGAGAUUGACGCCACUCUCUUGGCAUCCAAGCCAGACUGCACACUUUGUAGGCAUUGCCAACCACUACGCUAUCGCCUAUUGCGCCAACCACCCUUCACCCAUGCACCACAUGGUCUGAUGCUAAUUGAACCUACCCGUCGAUAUACAGACAGGGAUGUGGUACCACAUGUUGUAUAUACCUACCAGGUACAAACAAUCUCCAGCCGGAGUGACAGUGAGCCUUCUCCACCUCUGGUGCAUGAACUUGGGGCACCUUACUGUGGGGAUGGACGCAUCCAGAGCUCCAAAGGAGAGGAAUGUGAUGACAUGAACUCUAUGAAUGGGGAUGGCUGUUCCAGUCAAUGCAAGAAAGAACCCUUCUUCAACUGUGUUGAGGAGCCAAGCAUGUGCUACUACUACGAUGGUGAUGGGGUGUGUGAGGACUUUGAACGAGAAACGGGAGUGAGAGACUGUGGCCUCUACACCCCCAGUGGCUUCCUAGACCAGUGGGCUUCCACUGUUGAAGUUUCCCAUGAAGAAAAGCCCUACUGCUCUGGAGAGGUGGCUGCUGGAUACCCUGCAGUUACCAAGACAUGUCAGUCCAAGGUGUUCGAUCUUUCUGAUGGAGUGUCCCAGUAUGCAUGGUUUCCUUGUCGUGAGGCCCACCAGUCAGCGUGGGGAUAUUCUACCUAUUGGCUAAAGGCCCACUUUUCUCACCCCAUGGUGGCAGCAGCUGUGAUUAUACACUUGGCUGCUGAUGGGACCGGCUACAUCGACCAGACACAGUGUAAUAUUACUGUUCAGUUAGUGGACACCAAGGAGGGCAUCCACAGUCUAGGUGAGUGGCGUCUGAGCUGCCGCACUAACCCCUUGGUGAUCCCCGUGAGCCACGACCUAUCGGUGGCCUUUUACCACACCAAGGCUAUCCUUGUCAUGUUUGCCUCUCGCCUCGUGGCCAUCUCCGGCGUAGGCCUGCGCUCCUUCCAGUCGUUCGACCCCAUCACGAUAAGCGGUUGUCAGAGCAAUGAGAUCUACAAUCCUACAGGACAGAGUUGUGUACAUUAUUCGUGCGAAGCCAUUGACUGCCAGGAACCCUUAAUCCGCAAUGCAGAGCUAAAGUGCAGUAGCCCUGGCCGCCACUUCUACAACGGAGACCGCUGCACCAUCUCCUGCAACUCUGGAUACGUCCUGCAAGUCCACCAGGAUGAUGACAUCAUCAAGAGCCAGUCGUACUCCACUGUGACUAUCACCUGUGCAAAUGGGAAGUGGAAUAAACAGGUGUCAUGUGAACCUGUGGACUGUGGUCUACCAGACAAAUACCAUGUUCAUCCUGCACAUUUCAGCUUCCCCGAGGGCACAACCUAUGGCAAGAAAAGCACCUUUCAGUGCCGGGAACCUGCCCAGCUCAUAGGUACAAACAACACUCUGACCUGUCUGGAAGAUGGUUUGUGGUCCUUUCCAGAAGCUCUUUGUGAGCUCCGCUGUCCAGCCCCUCCUCCCGUACCUAAUGCUGUGCUGCAGACAAAGCGUUGCAAUGAGACAGGUCUAAAAGUUGGCACGCUCUGCAAGUACAAGUGCAAACCCGGCUACCACGUUACCAACAAACCCAAAAGGCGUGCUUUUAAGCGCCAGUGCACUGAGGAUGGCAGCUGGCUGGAGGGGGCCUGCGAGCCGGUGACUUGUGAUCCUCCGCCUGCCAUCUUCCACGGCUCCUAUCACUGUACCGACGGCUUCCGCUUUGACAGCGUCUGCAGACUCAACUGCACUGAUCCUGCCGGUAAUACUGCUGUUGUCGCCACAGGAGGCUCUGCCCAUACGGUGAGGCUGCUGCACACUCCAUGCAAGCAGGGCGCAGGGUCUAAUGCGAUCCGGUGCAGGAAGGAUGGAAACUGGACAGGGUCGUUCCGCCUCUGCCCACACAGCAAAGGCCAGUGUUCUUUACCUCAAAACCUCCAUUAUAGCCUACAGUACUCAUGCAAGCGAGGACACGGCAUAGGUGAGGAGUGUGAGCUGACGUGCAGAGAGGGUAACAACGACGUGGUGAUCCUCCCCAGCAACAUGACAGUAGAAAACGUACUUAAAGAGCACUGGAGGAACCCGCAUAAAGUCAAGAGUAUAGUCUGCACAAUGGGACUGAAAUGGUAUCCACACCCAGAAUUGCUCCACUGCAUCAAAGGAUGUGAGCCAUUCAUGGGAGACAACUACUGUGAUUCAGUCAACAACAGAGCCUUCUGUAACUAUGAUGGAGGAGACUGCUGCCAAUCCACUGUCAAAACCAAGAAGGUGAUUCCCUUCCCCAUGUCCUGUGACAUACGGGAUGAGUGCUCCUGUCGGGAUCCCAACGCCAUAGAGAACAGAAAGGAUGAACAUGUCCAUUCCCUGGGGUGACCAACCUGAGCAGGGACCUCUGUUCAACGUCCCAGGACCCUUCCUCCGACUCAACACAGCCAGAGCGGCCGAGGCAAAACCCCUCCUUCAUCCUCCUCUUGGCCUCCAAUUUCCUGCACAUGCUGCUUAAAAGGCAUACCUCUCCAUCCAUACCGCAACUCCAACCAGCUGAAAUGCCUCCGCCUCCACAUCACAGAAAGGUCUAGAAAAAGAGGAUGGGACUCAUGAGACUCCACAGAAAAACUCCAUUUCUCAGCUUAAAGGAAAGUAACCCCUGCAAUACCAUCAUUUAAAAAAAAACUGCAUAUAGAGCAAAGAGAAAAAAAAUACACGAAACAUACAUUUUUGAAAGAAUAAGAAAACAAACAAACAAACAAAAAAACUAAAACAUAACCAAGCCUAGGUAGCAUGCCUUUUGUUGAGUUUUGUGCUGGCUUCAGUGUCUAUUUUAGUGACCUUGCUCUACAAUCACAUGAUUGAACCAAAGGUAAAUCAAAAAUGUGCAAGUUGGGAAUAGUGUUGAUGUUGGCUGUGUGACAAAUGCUAAAAAUAAUCCUCAGACACAGCUUUUCGGAGGGGCUAGACGUUUGUACUUACAUCAUUCCUGGUUUCAAACUGGUCAGAUAUUCUGUAUCUCUAUGUCCUUUUCAGUGAAGUGUGUUUCUUUAUAGGCAUGUCAGAGGCUGUAGAGGUUAUUUCUAGCUUGGUGGAGAAUAAGACAGCCAUAUUGUUCAGUUUCAAGCCACAGUUUCAGCACAAAAAGCCAAACUCAAAUACACACACACGAAAAAUAUGAACUAAUUGUCCACAGAAACAAUCUCCCAAGACGAUUUCAAAGCAAAAUCCUGAAUGCAUAAUUAAAGCAUUUUUGCAUGGCAUUUGCUACUUUCCAUUUUCACAUCAAACUAUCUACUAGAGUUAGACAGCUUUGUCUUCCUUGCUGCUUACAGUACCUCUUUAUAGCAUCCAUUCACACUUGCAUGUUAGUACGUAAUACUCCUCACAUUAAUACAGAAUACGCGCUGGCAACACCACAUAUGAGAUGCACUAAAGAACUUUAGCAAAUCCAGAACCUCACUCGUCAUUCCCUGUCAUUCACCCGGACGUCCCAAGAAAAAUACUAACAUACAUCAAUCACGACUUAAAGAAUGUCACGUAUAACACCUCACUUUGGGUUGGGGUGACUUUAGUUUCAGUUUGAACUCCUCCCUCGUGGUGCUUGAUGAGUUACCUCAAGCGCUGAUUUGAAAUGUUUAAACUGAAAGUAAAAGCAACCCGGUCCUGCUCAGAAUGUAGUCAAUGCUUGUCAGGAGUCUGUGGCUUUCUCGAUUGCACAUUACUGCACAGCACAGUCACACAACAGUAAAGAAAUCAAGGGCUGGACUGAGUUCAUGGCUCUUAGUGAGAAUGAGUAUAGGUGAAAGGAGACAAUAUCUGCCCCUCUAAUACCCCACAAUCCACAGACACACACACAUACAUGCUCACAUAAGCAUAUAUAUGCUUCUCUCAUUCUCUUUCCUCCCAGUAGUAUUGGACUCUCUGCUGUAGCUCUGCAGGCAACAAUGUUGUACAUGAAAAUGACAUUUGGAUGUAUAUGUCAACACAGCAUUUGCAGUCACAACAUGAUCGAAGCUCCCUCAGAUUCUCUGUUGGGUCCUGUUUAAGUAAUUUAUUUAAUCGUUCUCUUCAGUACAAAGUGCACUUGGUUGUUCUGAUCAGCACUUUUCAGUAUUGUGAACUUGGUGUUCUGUCCCCACCAAUUAACUUUGUUAGACUAUAUGGCUGCUACAAUAGCUUUGUAUUUUGUUACUCUUCAUUGCAGGCACACACACAGACCACACAUUAGUUUUUUUUUUCUCAUGCACAUUUGAUAAUGAAGGCUGCUUGGCAUAUUGGUCCAAAGUUUGCUGCUCUUGUUUGGCUGCAACCAUAGUCAUGGCUACAAUCAGCGUGAUUAUAACUUUUUCAUUUCAUUUGGGCCAUUGGCACAGUCCCUCUGACUCAUAUUAGGCUGCUAUAGCAUUCCAGAUCAUUGUCGUAAGUACAUGGUCUUAUAUUGUAUGAGUGUCGAUGUAAGACCGAUUUCAUGUCAUUUUAAGAACCAUUGUUAGUGAAGAACUAAGACAAUACAAGAACAUGCAAAGAAAGUGAGAAGGUAUUAUUUUCCACCAAAUAUAAAGAGAAAAAAAAAUCUAAAGUAUCAUGUAAAUAUUACUAUAUGUUCUUGAUGGACAGGAGUGUUGAAAAAAAAUGUUUUUAAGUUUUUCGUAUUCGUUAUCAUGUAUUUCAUUUUUAGAAAAUGUCAUAUUUAAUCAGUGUUUAUAUUAUUGACCUCAGUUACUGCACUUUCUAGUUGUCAUGUAAGAAGAUAAAGUAUAUCUUUCAAAAAUGUUUAGAAGCUGCUAUUGUCAAAAUGGUGAUCUGAAACAAACUGUAUGAUAUUCGAUCAUUUGACUCCCUGUGUUGCUAUUAGCUUUUCUGUCAUUAGUGUUCUACUCGUAUCUGACCCUGGUUAUUCGGAGGGUGUAGUGUCAUACUCCUCUCCAACGUAAACAGACUUUGCAUUUGGCUUUAUCAGUGUAGUAGGGAGGUAUUGUCACUAUGAAACAUUCAUCCAUUCACGCAUUGAGGCCCCUGAUCCAAAAAAAUUGGGUACACAUCAGUGCAUUUUUAAGAAUUAUACUGUCACAUAUUUAAGGUCUUGCUCGAUUGCAAAUUUAUUUUUGUUGUUGUUUGUUUUCUUGAUGUUUGUGUAAUACAUUAUCUUAGGUUGAAGGUGUACAUUUUGGCAGAGAAACCAAGAGAUGUUGAAGAACGUAAAUGAAGAAAAUUCCCAUUAAAAGGGACUCUUGAAAGACUUUGUAACUUUUUUGAAAUAUGAAACUUUGUAAGGACAUUCUAAAGGAUACAUCAUCUUCAAAGAUUGCAUUUAACACUUUAUAUGAAAACUAUAUAGCCCUGGUAAAAAAAAAAAAAAGAAAAAAAAAGGCCUGUAUUAUGUUGAUAUUAUCAAAUUAUAUGUAACAUUAUUACUCUAGAUACUGCUGCUUUACAUAGAACUGUUACCAGUGGGGGAAGACUGACCUGCAAUCAAUACACUAUAUACCAAUGACAUGCAGUGCGGUGGUUCUUCAUCUGCCACUGAGGUCACUGGAAAGCCAUUCCAGUCGUUUGAAUGGAUGAAUCUGAAACCUGUCAUUGGAUCCUUCCCUCUGUUGUAGAAACUGAGUUUAAUCUGUUGUUGCUUCUACAUACUUAGACUAACUAAAUAUCCUCCUCAACAAUUACUUGCAUCAUCAGUCAAUGUCUGGAUACCAAAACAACUGAUUGUUGUUGCUUAGAAAGGCUACACAAUGUGACUGCAUGUCAACUUGAAAAAUUAUAUUCUUAAUAUUGGAGAAGGUACCCAUAAGCCAUAGCUAACCAAGAUAGUCAUGGGAGGAAGUACACAAUUGCGCAUUGGAUGAGGACAUCACCUCUCUACUGUAGUCAUCACAGGAUCCCUUGCUGUACCUCAUGCCUGUAAUGUUUGCUGCUUCUAUAUUUUUGGUAUUUUAGUGACAUUUUUGCGUCUCAUAACAAUGGUGUAAAUAGUAGAACUAUUUAUUGAGAGUGUUAUACUUUUUUAAGUUAUAUUUAAUGUCCAUGUAAGUUAUUUUUUACAUUGUUCUUCUUAUAAUCCAACACAUUAUAGGUUGUGAGUCAAAACUGUCAUUUUGUCUCUGUCAUCACAAUCUAUUGUGAUCAUUGCUGUCAAGCACUGAUCUGACAUAAACAGUACAAUUCAGGCCUGCAACCACAAAAAGAACUUCUCUCAUUGGUCAUUAUGUGUAGACGGAUACUGCUGGCAUCCAAUGAGGACUCACCUUGUUUAAACAUUACUGAUUGCAGUGUAUCUUUUUAUUUCUUUUCAGACCAGAAUGUAAAGGGUUUUUUUUGUUUAUUUUUUUUUAAAUGCACACAUUAUCCAUACGUACAAGUAGUUCUGAAAAGAGAACCAAGUAUAUAAAUAGUCAUAGAUCCAUGAUAUAGUAAAUAAUGUUUUGAGAGCCAGUGUAAGGCACAAGGGAUAUAUGUACACAGCCGCCUGAGGGCAGGAGGAAAUGGGCAAGUGGCAAAGUAAGGGAUCAAAAAUGAAGGAAAAAAAAAGGACUGGAGGUCAGAAGGCAGCCGAUGGUGAGUGUUCUUGGAUGGGGGGGAAAAGUAGAAGGUGGGCAGGGAGAGAGGUAGGGAUGGGUGGGCUGCUUUUCCUGGCCUGUCUAGCUAUUUGUCCAGGUGUGAAAAUGUGUACUCAUAGAGGCUGCCCCUGGGCCAGGGGUGGCCAGCCUGACUGGCAACACGCCGAGGCCAAUGAGUCAGAGUUUCUCCUGGGGGUGGCAGCCAUCCCUCUCUGGGACUCCCACCACCCCUCCCUCCCCCCUUACUACCUCCACCUCCCGACUCCUCGACACACUGCCUCAUCUGUCACUGUCAGGUAUGCCUGUGCAGGGCGGCCAGGGUCAAGCUGGGCCUGUGAAAAUGAGAGAGGAUGUUUGCCCAGCUUACAGAGCCUUUUGAAGUUAGGCUGAAGGAACACAGUUCUCCUCACCUACAGCCUAUGCUUAUCACAUAAUAUGAUGUGUAUAGCAGUGUUUUUUGACAGGCUUUGAUACCUCUCCACAUUUACCACCAACAGUUGCUCCUUUGUUUCUAAUUUAACACCUGGUUUUGUAUUUCGUGUCUAAAAAUGGCAGAGACUUUGUGUCAUUAUAAAGCAAUGGGGGAGUGUAAGGAAGAGAGUGUCUGAAGCUCUAAUGUUUUUGCUCAGAUCUUUGUGGAGAAAAAACACUGAUGUGCCAUCUUGUUGUAAGACAUUUUCUUUGUGUGUUGUUACACAUGAAGUACCUCUCACAGGCCUCUGGUUAUAGAAUGGUCCUCUUAUGUCUGUUUCCUAAUCCUUCAAUAAAUAAAAAAAGGUGAAUUGUCCUUUUUUCUAAGUGGGAAGUACAAAAAAAGUGUAUUUGCAUAUUACGUGGAUAUCUAGUGGUAUUACUGCGAUGUUUCGUACCCAAUUGCUCAACAAAUAUAUUUUAAGAUGUAAAUAAUAAUAUUAUAUGAUGAUUGUAUUUGCAAACCAUGUACUAACUGUUUGGGAGUAGCUCUUGGAUUGAUUUUUAUCAUAACUAUUAUACAAAGAAAUGAACCGUGAAAUGUUGUGCAUUGUGUCAAAGUAUCACUUGCAAGACAGAAAAAAAAAAACGAGAAAAAAAAUCUGUGAUGCUUUACCACACCACUUGCUGUCAGCAUUUAUUUGUUCAUAAUGGCUUAGUGCAAGCACUGUUGUCAGUUGUCUAAACCAUGAAUUUAUCCAUUGAGUCCUAAAUUAUUUAUUUGUUGUCAAGAUUAAUAAAAUCAUAAUGGUCAUUUCUGGGUCUUAGGAGUCUGUUGAAAUUAAUCCUCAAACCUGAUUGAUCUUUGAGAAGUUCAUUUCAAAUUUCGUCCGAGUUGACUGGCACCAACUAACAGCUUUUGUUUCGCUUUACUCCAUUCUGUAUAUUGUUUAGUCUUAUCCACAUGCCUUUGUGUUUGCUGAGAAUUUCACCAACACUGUAAAGGUAGCCAUCAAACUCAGUAGUCCCUCCCUCCCACUGAUGGCCUCCUCUCUCUUUGGUUUUUACACAGUAUGCACUUUUUCAGGCACAUAUACAACAUAUUGGACUUUUAUGUUUCAGUCGAUGUUUCUCUCUGUUUUCACAGUUGCAAUUAUAUAUAUUUUUGGUGCUCUGGUACAUAGCAAAACAUGUCUGAUGUGUACUAUAUUUUCAUAAGGAAGAGUCAUAAAGAUGAGUAUCAUGUUCAUUUUGCUGUCAUUUAUUGUGUAGAAAUAAAACACUGGUUAAAGUGAGCAUAAACUG